ACUAAGGGAAACAAAAUGGAUGGUCGCUUCAGUGAUGUCGAACCAGGGGGGCGUUUCUUGAACCUGGUCUCGAUACAGACAGUCCGUGAGGCUGCCAGGAGGGAAGAAGCAACGCGUGGACCUUUAUCACUUUCGAUAGUGAAACUUCUAAAAUGUCACAAGACGCCAGCGAGCAGAUGAGACCGCUGCUAACAUCGGCGGAGGAAGCAGUGCUGGACCGAGGGAACACAAGCUCCACCCUUUUCACCAACUUUGAGGCGGAGGAGCUGGAGAGUCACAGGGAGCUGUACGUCGGCAUUCACGUCCCUUUGGGCCGACGGCGCCACCGCCACCGGGGACACCGACACGAGCGGCGGAGGCAGGUUCGCCCGCAUGAAGAUGUUUGCGAGUCGCCUUCUUACGACACACCGUCACAGCGGGUACAGUUCAUCCUAGGCACGGAGGACGACGACGAGGAACAUGUCCCGCAUCAACUCUUCACCGAGCUGGACGAGCUUGCUCUCAGGAACGGAGAAGUCGUGGAGUGGAAGGAGACGGCAAGGUGGUUGAAGUUUGAGGAGGAUGUGGAGGACGGCGGCGAGCGUUGGAGUAAACCUUACGUGGCCACCCUGUCCCUGCACAGCCUGUUUGAGUUGCGCUCGUGUAUCAUGAACGGCGCCGUGAUACUCGACAUGCGCGCCAACGGGAUUGAGGAGAUCGCAGACAUGGUGAUUGACACCAUGCUGGCGUCCGGUCAGCUGGAAGAUCACGUCCAAGACAAGGUGAGGGAAGCCAUUUUAAAGCGCCACCACCAUCAGAACGAGAAGAGGCUGAGCAAGCGCAUCCCGCUGGUGCGAUCCCUCGCUGACAUAGGCAAGAAAUAUUCGGACCCUCAUCUGCUGGAACACAACGCAGGUCUUCUAGCGUCCCCUCAGUCGGCUCCUGGGAACCUGAACGCCGCCGAGGGGGUGGGAGGUGACUUCAACCCCGGUAGUCGUGAAAACAGCGCGGUGGACUUCAGCAAGGUGAAAGACCUCUUUGCAGCAAAAAAGGAUUACAAUGAUCUGACGCGUUCCCGUGCAUUUCAGGUGGACAUGAACUUCAUGAGAAAGAUUCCAGCAGAUGCGGAAGCCUCCAACGUGCUGGUGGGCGAAGUGGACUUCCUGGAGAAGCCCAUCAUUGCCUUCGUUCGCCUGUCUCCCGCCGUGCUCCUCUCUGGACUCACCCAGGUGCCCGUGCCCACCAGGUUCCUCUUCCUCCUGCUCGGUCCGUUCGGAAAAGGUCCGAAGUACCACGAGGUGGGGCGUUCCAUGGCCACGCUGAUGACGGACGAGAUCUUCCACAACGUGGCCUACAAGGCCAAGGAUCGCAAAGAUCUCCUGGCAGGACUGGAUGAGUUCCUGGAUCAAGUGACCGUGCUCCCGCCGGGCGAGUGGGACCCCAGCAUUCGCAUCCAACCGCCCAAGAACAUCCCCUCUCAGGAGAAGCGGAAGACUCCCUGUGCCUCGAACGGCUCCGUCCGCACCAUCAUCAAGGAGGCGGAGCACGACGUUGGCCCAGAGCUCCAGAGAACGGGGAGGUUAUUUGGAGGUCUGGUCGCGGACGUUAAGAGAAAGGCACCUUUUCUUCUCAGUGACCUGACGGAUGGCCUCAGGCUGCAGUGUUUGGCAUCCGUCCUCUUCCUCUACUGUGCCUGCAUGUCUCCCGUCAUCACAUUCGGAGGCCUGCUCGGAGAAGCCACCCAAGGAAACAUUAGCGCCAUUGAAUCUCUGUUUGGAGCGUCCCUGACGGGCGUGACCUACUCUGUGUUUGCGGGUCAACCUCUCACCAUUCUGGGCAGCACAGGGCCCGUUCUGGUCUUUGAGAAAAUCCUCUUCAAGUUCUGCUGUGACUACGGCCUGAGCUACUUGUCCCUGCGGACCAGCAUCGGACUCUGGACCGCCCUCCUGUGCCUGCUGCUGGUGGCCACCGACGCCAGCUCCUUAGUCUGUUACAUCACGCGCUUCACCGAGGAGGCCUUUGCCGCCCUCAUCUGCUUCAUCUUCAUCUACGAAGCCCUGGAGAAGCUUCUGCACCUGGGGCACAUCUACCCGGUCAACACCGCCAACCAUCUGGACAACCUGACCUUCUACGCGUGCGAAUGUUCUCAACCCGCCAACGCCUCGACCGAAACACAUCAGAUUUGGAGGAACCGGGGCUACAACUCGUCGGCCAGCAUCCCGUGGGAGCAGCUGAGUGUGAAGCGCUGUCAGAGUUUGCGCGGUGAAUUCACGGGCUCGGCUUGCGCCCGCGACCGACCCUUCGUCCCCGACGUCCUUUUCUGGUCCGUCAUUCUCUUCUUCACAACCUUCUUAUUGUCGACAUUCCUCAAAGACUUCAAGAACAAGAGAUUCUUUCCCACCAAGGUGCGAUCCACCAUCAGUGACUUUGCCGUCUUCCUGACCAUCAUGUUAAUGGUUCUGAUGGAUUAUCUGGUGGGAAUUCCGUCUCCCAAACUCAGUGUCCCGGACCGUUUCCAGCCCACCUCCGAUAAUCGCGGUUGGCUCAUCUCGCCGCUGGGUCCCAACCCCUGGUGGACGCUGCUGGCUGCCGCCAUUCCCGCUUUGCUCUGCACCAUCCUUAUCUUCAUGGACCAGCAGAUCACCGCUGUCAUCGUCAACAGGAAGGAAAACAAGCUGACGAAAGGCUGCGGCUACCAUCUGGACCUGCUGGUGGUGUCCCUGAUGAUAGCCGUGUGCUCCAUCAUGGGCCUACCGUGGUUCGUGGCGGCCACUGUUCUCUCCAUCACGCACGUCAACAGCCUGAAGCUGGAGUCGACCUGCGCCGCCCCGGGCGAGCAGCCCAAAUUUCUGGGCGUCCGGGAACAGCGCGUCACCGGCCUGAUGAUCUUCCUCCUCAUGGGCUGCUCGGUCUUCAUGACGUCUGUCCUUAAGUUCAUCCCGAUGCCCGUCCUGUACGGCGUCUUCCUCUACAUGGGCGUGUCCUCGCUCAAAGACAUUCAGCUCUUUGACCGCAUCCAACUGUUCGCCAUGGCGGCUAAGCACCAGCCGGACCUGAUCUACCUUCGCUACGUUCCGCUGAGGAAGGUCCACGCCUUCACCGCCGUGCAGCUCUCCUGCCUGAUCGCCCUGUGGCUCAUCAAAACCUCCGCCGCCGCCGUCGUCUUCCCCGUGAUGGUUCUGGCGCUGGUGUUCAUCCGGAAGCUUCUGGACUUUGGCUUCAGCAAACGAGAGCUGACUUGGCUGGAUGACCUCAUACCCGAAAGCAAGAAGAAAGACGAUGACAAGAAGAAGAAGAGGGGGAAGGAAGAGACUGAUUUGCAAGGGGCGGUGGACAACUCUGCGUUCGACGAUGACGCAAUAGUCGUCAAGAUCCCUGCGAAAAGUGUGAAACCAUGGUCAGACCCGUCUGAGGUGAACAUCUCGCGUGAGAUGGAUAAAAGUGGCUUCUGUAAAUCUCGCUCCAUGACGGCGGAUGCCAGCAAAGCUCUGAAGCCAAUCAGCAGGGUGAGCGUGGCGUCUGAAGAGGACCAAAGACUUGCAGACGAUGAGACGGCACUAUGACCCGCAGGCUUACGUCAACACCACUAAAGGGUGCUGCCAUGCUUCCUGAGUCAAAGGCGAACAGGACUAGGACUUGGCUUCUCUACCAUAGUGUUGCUCGUUUUUUUUUAAUUAUUAUUAUUUUUACAUACUUACAUAUUAUUAUUAUUAUAUACACACAGCUGUUAGUCUUAACUGCAAGCAAAAAAAAAGUGAUUUUUGUUCUUUAUUAUAUUAUUAUUUUUCCACAUUUUGGGAGGGGGCUAGAAUAGUCAAAUUCUCCAGAUUCUUUUGUCUUUUUUAAAGUUAAUAAGUACUGCACUCACGUCAUGUAAUGUCCAACUUUCUCAGUGGCUCAAGUUAUAUGUCAUGCACAGUUAUUAUUGUGAGAAUGAGUUGUGUGAUAAACAUUCCCCAUCCAGUGUCAAUUCGUAUCGACAAUAAUCCGAGAGCUUUUGUUUUGAAAGCAGAACUGUCAUUUCCUGUUUCUACUUCCGCCUACAUCUAUUUUACAUUAAUUAACAUUUCAUUCGUUAAGAAUAAAUAUUAUUCGCAA